AGCUUCCGCCUCUGUUUAUUGGUAUGCAGGGGCCCCAAGGGAUAGGAAAGACGACAAUCACAAAUGAACUUCGUGAAUCUUUGUCUUGUCCGCCGAACUCACUGAGGGUCUCAGUGCUUUCAAUGGAUGAUUUCUACCUGCCGUAUGACGGACUCAAAUCGACUGCCGAGAAAUAUCCAAACAAUUGGCUCCUCAGUGGCCGCGGCCACCCCGGAACACACGAUCUUGAUCUGCUUCACCUCACUUUGACGAGCCUCUCGGUCAUUAAUGGGGAGGCUACUGCUCCCGUUGAGACGCCAGUAUUUGAUAAAAGCUUAUUUGAUGGUUAUGGGGAUCGUUCCUCAUCCAAAUUAACUGUAGCUGCUCCUCUCGACGUUGUGCUCUUAGAGGGGUGGUGCAUGGGCUUCCAUCAUCUUUCCCACGAA